AUGAGUAUCAAUUAUAUUUUCACUGCUGUUUUCGAUCCUGAUCAAGGCCCCGUUUUGCAAUACCAGUUUCCUCAAACGAGUCGCUAUGACUUCCGAUUUCUUGCAGAAAUAAUGUUACCUGAUAGGAUUCACGAAAGAAAUGAAGAUUGGCUUCAGUUCUUUCUUCAUUUUCGUGAGGAUUCUCAAUCAUAUUCUCUCUUUCCUUCAGUAACCAAGGCUAUCAAAGGACCAAAUGGCUCGGAAGUUUUUCACGUCCUGAAUGUAAUCCAUACAAAGCGUGAACGAUUUGCUAAACGAAACGGUACAUUGUCCGCAAUGGCUAUUUGUACUUCUUUUCCUCACGUCCAAGUAUUAAAACCGAUGUUAGAUGAUGCUUGGAAACGUUUUGAUGCUUCACCUUCUUCCCUAACCUUAGAACAUGUAUUUAAGGAAGUCUGCGACUAUGAUUUUCAUACAUAUUUAUUAGAUGCCUCUUUAAAUUCUUCGGUUAUACUGACUCUAAAUGACUUCUACCGUUAUGUUGAUUCAGAAUCCCGAACUCAAAAGUCUUCUUUAGUGAGAUCUACCAGUCAUUCCGGCUCCUUCCUCAAUUCUGAUGAUUCUUUAAAAAUUCCGCCUACGAAACUUCCACUGAGUAGUUCGGCUAAUAAUAAAUCAAACAUUACUACCUGUGAAAUCCCUACUAUCUUCCUACCCGAGUGCGUAGGUGAAUAUAAUAUUUCCAAUCUAAUUCAAAUAUUCAUCGAUAGUCCUCCUCCUCUAUCUACGUAUACCUCCAAUCUACCUGCUGAUGAAGGUCAUACGAAUCCUAUCAUUGUUCUCAUCAACUCCCUACUUCUACAAAAACGAGUCCUGUUUCUCACUAGCAAGCUCCCAGCACAUGUGUUAACCUCCUAUGUUUUAUCUGCUAGUGCUUUGGCUUCCGGGGCUUCGGGCUUAUUACAAGGGUACUUGAACAUGACUUUCCCGUAUGUGGAUUUGUCGAACGUCGAUGAGUUAUUGAAACUUCCAGGUUAUAUUGCAGGAGCAAUGAACCCGACCUUUCAAUAUCAUCAAAAUUGGUGGGACUUGCUUUGCGAUUUAGAUAACCACAUCAUUCAUGUAUCACCUGAACUUAUAAAGAAAAAUAUAAGCUUUAAAAAUUUGGAACUAAUUGCUUCAGUACCUUAUAAUCAGUUUCCUCCAACAAGGAAGUUGAGGGAACAUACCGAACAGCAAUUGAUAAGUGAUUUACAGAAACUGCUAGUUUGUCGAAAUAAGGAAUUACUCGUUCGCUGGAGAAUCCGAACUCACUUGUUAUCGUUCAUUAGAAAGGCAGUAAGCUAUGAGCAUCUAUUCUUGGAAUCUUCUUCACUUAAUCCCCAUAUAGAGAACUACAAAUUAGAAGGCUUUGGCUGGUUUUGGCCAGACCGUAUUUCAGGAGUGAACGAACUAUCUCUCAUGGCUGGGAAAAUUGAGGAAUGGAGAAAAACUAAAUCUUACGAAAAUUAUUGUUAUAGAAUGGCAAACACACACAUACCGGUUACGUUAUGCAUGGAUGUUGCUUACCAUUUAGAUAGACUUCGUCUUCAGAUUGUGUCUUCUGUGGAAGCUGCUCGUAUUUAUUCGGCAUUGGAACAGUAUAUGAGGACAGACGAAGAUAUAACUUAUAUACUCAGUUUAUGUCCCCUCCAUGAAGGGGGGUUGACUAUAAUUUCGUAUGGACUUUAUCAUAUAUCAACCACUACUCGUGAAAAUGUUGUAAGGAUAUUAGAAAAAAUCAGUCGACACAAGUAUGGGCAAUUGUUUUUCACAUGUUUAUCAGAAGUUGAUAAAAUAAUGUAUGCUUCGAUGAAAACUUACUUGGAGUAG